AUCUUAUAUACACUGCAAAACAUAUCCGUUUUAGAUAUAAAGGACAAUUAUAUUUCCGUUAUAUUUUAUAACGGAUACUCAAUAUUAAAACGGAUUUCUCAUAUGUCCGUUUGAUUUAGGCAUGACUGGUGGAAUUCUUAAUAUGACACUUUAUUGAUUAUAUAAAAUCCUUUAUAUAAGUAGGACCGUAAUGGUUAUACUGUUAAGACAGACAUUAUAACGGAUAUUGUAAAGGAUUUGGUCAUAUAUAUUUAAAGCGGACAAGAGUUACCAUAGCAACUGAUUUUCUUAGGUUAGAGUAUCUUUGUCAGUCGCUUAGGUUAGAGCAUCUCAGUCGCUUAGGUUACUCGGCGGUUUUCACCUCGAUUACACAGUUUAAGCUUAAUAUUUUUGUCGCUAAUUGUUGCGGAGCAAUAUGGGAGUGGAUCGACGCGGUAAUAACUAUCGCGGUAAAUGUACCGCAUGUGACUGCGAUGAAUUUGAAUUACCUCCCGCGGAUGACACAAACAUGUGUUUAUUUUGCGGGCAUCAUUCGCCUUUACACGAACGUGUGAACGAAACUUGUAUUCGUGAAGAAAAUUUGAUGGGCAAUGAAGAUUCUCGGCAGACUGUUCCAUUGACUGUGCAAUGUGCCAGCAAUACAAUAUCAGAGGGCAAUGGUACUGUAUCAUAUGAAGAAAAUACUUCGGACGUGCAAUCUGCCAGUAAUUUAAUAGAGCAACAGGACAAUCCAACUACAGCUCAGUUUUUAAGUUAUCCAAGGUCAAAGGACUAUUUUCUCGAACAGAAAGUUCCAACAUUUGAAGAUUUAAUUACUCUUUCUCCUGGACCAAAAGUUUUUCACAAUGAUACAACAGCCUGGCUUGUAAUCAGUGACAAUGAUCAAUUAACUAUUGAUGUUGCAUCUGCGGAAGAGGCCGUCGUUUUGGGAUUAGCUGACACUUUAUAAAAAAUCUGACUUACCCAUCAUCUUUUAGCAUCUUGUAACAUUUUGGU